GCUGAUCAGCUUCCUGGGAUUUUGCUGAUGACACAGGAGAGCUUCGCCUGAAGAUGGAAACACUGGAGUCGGAACUGACCUGCCCUAUUUGUCUGGAGCUCUUUGAGGACCCUCUCCUGCUGCCCUGCGCACACAGCCUCUGCUUCAACUGCGCCCACCGCAUCCUCGUGUCACAUUGCGCCACCAACGAGCCUGUGGAGUCCAUCACCGCCUUCCAGUGCCCCACCUGCCGGCAUGUCAUCACCCUCAGCCAGCGAGGUCUAGACGGGCUCAAGCGCAACGUCACCCUGCAGAACAUCAUUGACAGGUUCCAGAAGGCGUCAGUGAGCGGGCCCAAUUCCCCCAGCGAGACCCGCCGGGAGCGGGCAUUUGACGCCAACACCAUGACCUCCACCGAGAAAGUUCUCUGCCAGUUCUGUGACCAGGAGCCCGCCCAGGAUGCUGUGAAGACCUGUGUCACUUGCGAAGUGUCCUACUGUGACGAGUGCCUGAAAGCCACUCACCCAAAUAAGAAGCCCUUUACAGGCCACCGUCUGAUUGAGCCCAUUCCAGACUCCCACAUUCGGGGCCUGAUGUGUCUGGAGCACGAGGAGGAGAAGGUGAAUAUGUACUGUGUGACUGAUGACCAGUUAAUCUGUGCCUUGUGUAAGCUGGUUGGGCGGCACCGCGAUCAUCAGGUGGCAGCUUUGAGUGAGCGCUAUGACAAAUUGAAGGUUAGUCCGACCCGCCUUAAGCCAACCCCUUUCUCGUUGUCAAGUAUUAAAAUCAUGCAAAAUUAUAUAUUCCCUCUCGUUUUUGAACAGCAAAACUUGGAGAGUAACCUCACCAGCCUUAUCAAGAGGAACACGGAACUGGAGACCCUGUUGGCUAAACUCAUCCAAACCUGCCAACAUGUCGAGGUUAACGCAUCACGUCAAGAAGCCAAACUGAUGGAGGAAUGUGAUCUUCUUAUUGAGAUCAUUCAGCAAAGACGACAAAUUAUUGGAACCAAGAUCAAAGAAGGAAAGGUGGUGAGGCUCCGGAAACUGGCUCAGCAGAUCGCCAACUGCAAGCAGUGCAUUGAGCGCUCAGCAUCACUCAUCUCCCAGGCGGAACAUUCUCUAAAGGAGAACGACCAUGCUCGCUUCCUGCAGACUGCUAAGAAUAUCACCGAGAGAGUGUCCAUGGCAACUGCUUCCUCCCAGGUUCUAAUUCCUGAAAUCAACCUCAAUGAUACAUUUGAUACCUUUGCCUUAGAUUUUUCCCGAGAGAAGAAAUUGUUAGAAUGUCUGGAUUACCUUACAGUAUCCAACAUCUCUGAACUGAUGAGCAUUCUUGACCCCACAGCUCCCAACCCUCCCACGAUUCGAGAAGAGCUCUGCACAGCUUCGUACGAUACCAUCACCGUCCACUGGACCUCCGAUGAUGAGUUCAGUGUGGUCUCCUACGAGCUCCAGUACACCAUCUUCACCGGACAAGCCAAUGUUGUUAGUCUGUGUAAUUCAGCCGAUAGCUGGAUGAUCGUGCCCAAUAUCAAGCAGAACCACUACACGGUGCACGGUCUGCAGAGUGGCACCAAGUACAUCUUCAUCGUCAAGGCCAUCAACCAGGCAGGCAGCCGCAGCAGCGAGCCUGGGAAGCUGAAGACAAACAGCCAACCAUUUAAACUGGACCCCAAGUCUGCACAUCGAAAACUGAAGGUGUCCCAUGAUAACUUGACAGUAGAACGUGAUGAGUCGUCAUCCAAAAAGAGCCACACGCCUGAGCGCUUCACGAGCCAAGGGAGCUAUGGUGUAGCUGGAAAUGUGUUCAUUGAUAGUGGCCGGCAUUACUGGGAAGUGGUCAUAAGUGGAAGCACGUGGUAUGCCAUUGGCCUGGCCUACAAAUCAGCCCCGAAGCACGAGUGGAUUGGGAAGAACUCGGCUUCAUGGGCACUCUGCCGCUGUAACAACAACUGGGUGGUGAGACACAAUAGCAAGGAGAUCCCAAUUGAGCCAGCCCCCCACCUGAGGCGCGUCGGCAUCCUGCUAGACUACGACAACGGCUCCGUCGCCUUUUACGAUGCUUUGAACUCCAUCCACCUCUACACCUUCGACAUUGCCUUUGCGCAGCCGGUGUGUCCAACCUUCACCGUGUGGAACAAAUGUUUGACCAUUAUAACUGGCCUUCCGAUCCCAGACCACUUGGACUGCACGGAGCAACUGCCCUGAGCAUUUGGCCAAGUGGAGCCGCUGUCUGGGGCAGGAAAAGGUGCAUGGCCACCAUUUAGGGGACUGAGAAAGCACAGGCUUCAAGAGCCUGACGAAAUCUCACCAAAAAGUGUCCCAAAAUUGGCUCAGAUAGGUCUGAAAACGGGCACCUCCCCUCCUUUUACUGUGUUUUGUAUUAAGUGCAGGCUUUAAUAAUUUCUUCAAACUUUUUUUUGUAUUUACAGGAAAAUUUAUAGAUUAUUUAUAAAAGAAACAUAAUCAGAUUACAACUCCUAGGACUUCUUUGGUUUUGCACAUUAAGAAGCCCAUUUGUUCAAGUUUACCAGCUCUUUGGAACCUUUAUUGCAUCACAGUCUAUGGGCUUGAGAAAAAAAAUCAUCGUUUGUAGUUUUGUGUGUUUGUUCAUUUUCUCACAUCAUAAGCUUUCAUAGUCAUCCCAUGCUAGGUCCUGUCACCUCAACAGUACACCCCCAGAAUAUGCAGUGAUUUUCAAAACAAAAAUAGUUUCAAGUCUCCUGAACAGGAGUCCCUGGGUGGUGCAAACAGUUAAAGAUCUCAGCUGCUAAUCGAAAGGCUAGAGGUUUGAGCCCACCCAGAGGUGCCUCAAAAGAAAGGCGUGGUGACCUACUUCCGAAAGGUCACAGCCAUCGAAAACCCUAUGGAGCACAGUUCUAUCUGGAUGCCCACGGGGUCACCACGAGUUGGAGGCAACUCGACACCAACUGGUUUAGGGAAGUGAACAGGCUUUCUUACUCUGGUUUAUUUUGAAAUGUGUUAACUGUGAGGUCAAAUACUUCUGUUGGAUCAACUAGAAUGCAGAGCAUGAGGAUGGAAGGAGGUGACUCUGGAGAAUGGACCAGUCAUGGCUAAGUCUUUAGUUACCCUCUGAUGGCUGGUGGGAUAAUGUUGGAAAGAAAGGCUCUGAAACCUUGGGCUGUAUUUUGCCCUGCUUCUCCCAGGGUUAAGGAUUCUGGGAUAACAUUAAGAAUGACAUUGCAAUUGAAAGAAGGAAUCACUUUGAAUCCUACUGACUAUUAAAAAACUCAGACUGACUUGUGUUUUAUCAGAAAUAGGAUUCUGCUUCAUGGUAUAAAAUCUACUUCGUUCUUCCUUCUAAUACCUUUCUUUAGGCUUGUGAAAUGUCUUCACUACAUUUAAUAGUUGCCCUGUUCCACCCUCCCCAAAUUAUUUUCCUUUUGUCUCUGGAGCUGAGGAAAGAAACUUGUUCUGUCACAAAUGGAGCCCCAUUUUGGCUUGAUUCUGCUCUCCAGUACGUCAGCACAUGGCACCGCCACUAGCACGUCCAAAUAUAAGUCACCCGAAAAACACUCAAUAUUUAUGAGUUGGUAAUGACGAGGGACGUUGCAUAAAGUACUAUUCACUAGUACACAUGCCUCAAAAGUUAUUAUAAACAGACCUUUAUUAAACAUGUCUUGAAAGAUGUAGAAGUCUCUCAUUAUUCUAGUAUAGUUUAUCAUAGAGUUGUAAGAGGGGAAAAACUCGUUAUUCUCACAUACGACCUAAUAGAACCUGCUAAUAAAGUGUCUGAUGGAAUUUUUUUCAUGCUCAUCGGACACACUGAAAUGGUCCAUGAAUUAAGGCUUUCCAAAGUGGCCCUUAGAGUGGAAAUCUGGCAUUGGUUCAACCUGAAGAAGGGUAAAAAUUGUUUCCAUUACGAAAAUAUUUAUCUGGGCUACUGGGUUGGCCAUCUUGACUGAACAGAGGGAUGGAUUUAGACAUUGUUUCUAGUGAUUUUAUUUUUAACCAAACCGACCAAUUGUUUUCCUGAAAUAAUAGACCCAUUGUUUCAGUAUCACGUGGCCAAAGCUUAUGUGAUGGCGAAUCUGGAAUUCAUAGGAGCCCAUGCCGGGUUACCGUGUCUUCUGUCUUCUCCACUUGCAGACACUCCUUUUCUUAACAAAUAGAUUCUAUAUAUUUGCUCUAUUAUUUAUACCCAGAUGGAUAUUUUGAUAGCUACUUCAGAUAAUUUUACAUCUGAAUGAUGAACACCUCAAUGGAAAAAAACUAAUCAUUCUCUGGAAACUUAAUGGAAUUUUUUUUUUAAUGAUAUAGAAACAUUGUGUAUUUGCCUUCCCUGAAGACACUGAAAGGAUUGUCUCGGUAAUUUUUACGUAUUGUUUUGGGUAGCUGGAUAACAAAUAUUUUAAUGCACUUUGUACACUAACAGGUUCUUAAUAGAAAGGGUCUAAAACUCAGCUUCUGAGUUUUGUAAAUCACAGUCUCCAGGUACCAAUAAAUGCUACAGUUUGCCUUACGAUGUUUACCUAAAGCAUUUAUGAGAAGGACAGUGUUUCCAUGACUAUAAUGUUUUGCAAUAUAAAGAAGUUACUUCUCAAAUUUUCACUGCAAGCCGUUUAGCGUAUGUUUUGGCUAUUUUUAUAAGGAUAAGAGAGAUUUUGUUAUAAUUUUGUGGAGGAAAGCUCACUCUUUGCUAACUUAACACAUUGUGGAUAGUAGCAGUUAAUGUUCCAGGUUGUCGUAUUUACAGGAAAAUAUGUAUAUGGUGAAAGGCCACAGUGUUUAAUUUCUGUAAUGAUGUAGAAAAGACUUCCACGUGGGUUUUUUUUUUGAAAGUCUAAAAAAUAUGUUCUAUAAACAUGUGCUGCAGUACAAUUUAGCGUUCUCUCUUUUUUUUUUUUUAAUGGAUUGGGUCAUGGUAUUUUAUUUUUUGAGGUCCUCACUUCACAGGAAGCAAUGCGGGCGAGGCAGGGGAGAAAUAUGGCAGUGCCAAGAAAGUCGAUUCAGCAAAAGCGAUGCAGAGCCAGCUAAGGCUGCCAGGGCCGGCGUCCUGAGCGGAUGAACAUUGCAGUCUCGCAGUGCCCCGCGCUUGGUUGAACGCUUUGCUGCUGCCAUCUUGAAAUUCUUAACUCUCGAACAAGGGGCUCGCGUUUUCAUUGUACCCUGGGCCCUGCAAAUUAUGUAGCCCAUCCUCAGAACUCAAACCUGGUACCUCCCUUCCUGUUGUACUCAAAUAAAUAAAGAAAUCUGGAUCCAAAGUUGAAAGUGCCUGGCUAUAUAAUUCAAGUGGAAAUCUAAUGGUGAGGGAGGAGCUGGGUGGAGAUUUAUUCUGGUAUUGAUAUGUUAACAAUCGCCUUCCAGGUGAUUUUUCCCUCAGGGAACACUUGGCAUUUUUGGUUGUCACAAUGAGGGCGGGGGUGCUACUGGUAUCUAGUGGACAGAGACCAGAGAUACUGCUAAACAUCCCACAAUGCACGGGACAGUCCCCACCACAAAUAAUGAUCGGACUCCAAAUGUCACUAGUGCCAAGGUGGAGAAACUCUUUUUGU